UGUGGAUGCGCGCGCGUGUGUAGCGCUGGAGCGUCGUCCUCGCGCGCAGGGUGGAGGCACGAGCACUAGGGAUCCGCGGUGGUCUCGGUGGUGCAAAAUAAUAAUAAUAAUAAUAAAAAAUAAACAAGCAGCAGCAGCGCGCGCAGAGCGCAUGUGGAACAGAGAGCCACUACGCUUCCUAAACUUCACCACUGCGCGCGCGCAUCACAGGAGUUUAUCUCCUCCCUUCCCCGCCGUGAGCGCGCGCAGGGACGCCGGGGUGCAGCUGCCCUUUAAGCCCGUUUCUGUGGAUUAUCAUCGCCGUGACUGGCGGUCUUAACGACCUCCGUGAUGCGGAUGAGUCAGCGCGCGAGCGCCAGGCUGCGUUCCGCCGCGAGAACCGGGGACGCGAGACGAUGCGGGCUGCUCCGCUUCGAACGGUUCCGCGCGUGAAGGGAGCGGAGCACGCGCUGCCUCGCGAGGGAGUUGUAACCGUAAUUGUUGUUGUUGUUGUUGUGUGAGUUGUUUCCUCGCGCAUCAGCGACACCUGGGAUGCUGAAGGGAUUAAAGAGCCGGGUCAAACCAGCGUGAGGGUCUCUUCGUCCCGCUCGCGGACUCUUCCAAAGCGACUCGAGCUGCGCCGCGAGCCGCGGGAGGCUGGAGGCGCAUCGCGACGGCGGGAUUUUGGAAGUUAUGUAACGCACGCCUAAAAUUCCUUGACAUUCCUCGCCGAAUGCGCUGGCACCAGAGGCGCGCGCUCCGCGAGACCACAGCCUCAUCUUUCUGAGAACGAGCAAAACACUCAGCGCCCGGCUGCACGCGCGGUUCAUGUCAGACAAGGCUGCCACUGCGUCGCCAUGACGACCGAGGAGUGUCCCAUGCCGCUGGGUGUGAGCCAGGUGGGGGCAGGACUGUGUGAGGACUAUGGCCCUGCCCAGGGGGACGACAUCAUCGAGGAGGUGGGGCCCGAUGACGCAGCCAGCGACCUGAGCACGCUGGUGGUGCCGUUCCCGGAGCUUGCGCCGGUGGUCUUUUUCUGCCUCAAGCAGACCACCUGCCCGCGCAACUGGUGCAUCCGCAUGGUCUCCAGCCCCUGGUUCGAGCGCAUCAGCAUCAUGGUGAUCCUGCUCAACUGCGUCACUCUGGGAAUGUACCAGCCCUGUGAAAACAUCGACUGCACCUCCGACCGCUGCCAGAUUCUACAGGCGUUCGAUGCUUUCAUUUAUAUUUUCUUUGCGCUGGAGAUGGUGGUGAAGAUGGUGGCUCUGGGGAUCUUUGGCCAUCGCUGUUAUCUUGGCGAUACAUGGAACAGACUGGACUUUUUCAUCGUCAUGGCAGGGAUGGUAGAAUACUCCCUCGAUCUCCAGAACAUCAACCUCUCCGCCAUCAGAACAGUGCGUGUGCUCAGGCCGCUCAAAGCCAUCAACAGAGUGCCCAGUAUGCGGAUCCUGGUGAACCUGCUCUUGGACACUCUGCCCAUGCUGGGGAACGUUCUCCUGCUCUGCUUCUUCGUCUUCUUCAUCUUCGGCAUCAUUGGCGUGCAGUUGUGGGCGGGGCUGCUGCGCAACCGCUGCUAUCUUGAAGAAAACUUCACCCUACCCUCAGGCAUUACCCUGCCCGCUCCAUACUACCAGCCGGAGGAAGACGACGAGCGGCCUUUUAUCUGCUCACUGGCACAGGAUAACGGUAUCGUGUCGUGCUCGGAUGUGCCGACGCGGCGGGAGGGGGGCAGGGAAUGCUGUUUGGAUAAGGAGGACGUCCUGCACCGGCAUGCCCUCGGGUUGAGCGCUGAGCCACUGGUCAACGGCAGCACCUCCGCCAUGGGCCUCUGUGUAAACUGGAACCAGUACUACACCCGCUGCCUGACCGGCAACAGCAACCCACACAAAGGCGCCAUCAACUUCGACAACAUUGGCUAUGCUUGGAUAGUCAUAUUUCAGGUGAUCACUCUGGAGGGCUGGGUGGAGAUCAUGUACUACGUGAUGGAUGCACAUUCUUUCUACAACUUCAUCUACUUCAUCUUGCUCAUCAUCAUUGGCUCCUUCUUCAUGAUUAACCUGUGCCUGGUGGUCAUCGCCACUCAGUUUUCGGAGACGAAGCAGCGGGAGCACCAGCUCAUGCAGGAGCAGCGUGCUCGUUGCCUGUCCUCCAGCACGCUGGCCUCCUUGACCGAGCCUGGGGACUGCUACGAGGAGCUAUUCCAGCUGGUGUGCCACAUCCUGCGAAAGGCCCGUCGCCGCUCCGCUGCGCUCUACUACACGCUGCGGGGUAAAUCUCCGCCCCCAGGAGGAGGGAGGGGCAGGUCCAGAGGAGGGGCAAAUGUAAACGGAGAGAGGCAUCACUGCCACUCGGUUCAAGUGUCUCAGUGUCCACACCAAAGCAAACUGGAGCAUAGUUCCCAAACUCUGGACAAUGUUAUAUCACUGCCCAUCACUCCAAACCCUGAGGAAUGUCCACAAUGUGCAGCCAACAGGGAGGAGGAAGGAGCCCUGGAGGAAGCUGACCAGGAGGAGAACCACUUAGAGGAGAGAACGGAGGAGGACACUGAGGACGAAGAGGAAGACGAUGAGGAGGAAGAUGGAAAGAAAAAGAAAAAGAAGAAGAAGAAAAAGAAAAAGAAGCGCUCCUGCUUAGGGAGCUGUAAAGACCUGUGGGAUGAGAUGCGGACGAAACUGUGGAGUAUAGUGGAGAGUAAAUACUUCAACAGAGGGAUUAUGAUUGCUAUCCUCAUCAAUACCAUCAGCAUGGGCAUUGAGCACCACAACCAGCCUGAUGAGCUGACCAAUGUGCUAGAGAUUUGCAAUAUAGUCUUCACCAGCAUGUUCACCCUGGAGAUGAUCCUCAAACUGACGGCUUUCGGCUUCUUUGAGUACCUGAGGAACCCAUACAACAUCUUUGAUGGCAUCAUCGUUAUCAUCAGUGUUUGUGAGAUCAUUGGUCAGUCUGACGGCGGUCUGUCCGUGCUGCGGACGUUCAGGCUGUUGCGGGUGAUAAAGCUAGUGCGUUUUAUGCCAGCUCUGCGCAGACAGCUGGUGGUCCUCAUGAAGACCAUGGACAACGUGGCCACUUUCUGCAUGCUGCUCAUGCUCUUCAUCUUCAUCUUCAGUAUCCUGGGGAUGCACAUAUUUGGCUGCAAGUUCAGUCUAAAGACCGAGGCUGGAGAUACAGUGCCAGACCGGAAGAACUUUGACUCUCUGCUCUGGGCUAUCGUGACCGUGUUUCAGAUCCUGACUCAGGAGGACUGGAACAUGGUGCUGUACAAUGGCAUGGCAUCUACCUCCCCCCUCGCUGCUCUCUAUUUCGUGGCCCUCAUGACCUUCGGGAACUAUGUCCUGUUCAACCUGCUGGUGGCUAUUUUGGUGGAGGGCUUCCAGGCUGAGGGCGAUGCUAACCGGUCCUACUCGGAUGACGACAGGUCCUCCUGCAACUUUGACGAAACCGAAAAAGAGAAGGAUCCUCUCCAGCUGUCAGAUCCCAAAAUCUGCACCCUGACCCCUAACGGACAUCUGGAUCUUGCUCCUAUGCCCAACGCCCUGGGCGUGUACCCCGCAGAAAGGUUAAGCUUCGCCCUGGGCUCGCGCAAGAGCAGCGUUAGCUCCCUGGGGAGGGCUAAUCUGGAGCAGAGAGCACUGUGCCCAGGUCGAGGCACUCUCUACCACAACUGGGGUGGCCCAGCCCCCCAGGGACCAUGGAGCCGCAGAUCCAGCUGGAACAGCCUAGCCCGGCCCUCCAGGAGCCUGGCCGUGGGAGGUGGGGGCAGCCUGAGGGUCCGUGGUCCCAACUCCCAUGAACAGGAGUCCCUUUUGUCCCCUCCCCCUGCGCACCUGCCUCCGCCUCUUUUGCCCAGACACUUUGUCCCGCGGAGGGACCGUCGAGCUCUUUCGCUGGAGUUGCCCGAGCUGCUGCAGGUGCCUGGACCCCCGCUGCCCCCACUGCACCCCCGCCAACAGAAGAAAAGCUUCUCAGGGGCACUGGGAAACGUUGGCGAGCAUCAGGACUGCAAUGGGAAAACACCGUCAGUCCAGCAACAAAUUCUGAGUGAGGUCUAUCCGCAGGUCAACACACGCAAAGACAGAGAGGACCUGGAGGAUGAAAUCGAUUAUAGUUUGUGCUUCCGGAUUCAGAAGAUGGUCGAAGUGUACCGACCAGACUGGUGUGAGACACGGGAGGACUGGUCAGUCUUCCUCUUCUCCCCACAGAACAGGUUCAGGCUGAUGUGUCAGUCUAUUAUAGCCCAUAAGCUCUUUGACUAUGUGGUGCUAGCCUUCAUCUUCUCGAAUUGCAUCACUGUGGCUCUGGAGAGGCCCAAAAUCCUUCAGGGCAGUUUGGAGAGGCUUUUCCUCACCAUCUCUAAUUACAUCUUCACCGCUAUCUUCGUGGCUGAGAUGACGUUGAAGGUGGUGUCUAUGGGUUUAUACCUUGGAGAGCAGGCGUACUUGAGGAGCAGCUGGAACGUUCUGGAUGGUUUCCUGGUGUUUGUCUCGCUGAUUGACAUUGUGGUGUCAAUGGCAGGUGGCGCCAAGAUCCUGGGGGUGCUCAGGGUCCUCAGGCUUCUGCGCACAUUGCGCCCCCUCAGGGUUAUCAGUCGGGCUCCAGGCCUGAAGCUGGUGGUGGAAACUCUGAUCACCUCUCUAAAGCCCAUCGGCAACAUCGUGCUGAUCUGCUGCGCUUUCUUCAUCAUCUUCGGCAUCCUCGGAGUUCAGCUUUUCAAAGGCAAGUUCUUCUACUGCCUGGGCCUGGACGUCAAAAACAUCACCAACAAGUCCGACUGCCUGCUCGCCAAUUACAAAUGGGUCCAUCACAAGUACAACUUUGACAAUCUGGGCCAGGCACUGAUGUCCCUCUUUGUACUGGCUUCAAAGGAUGGCUGGGUUAACAUAAUGUACCACGGCCUAGAUGCAGUGGCAGUGGACCAGCAGCCCAUCACCAACAACAACCCAUGGAUGCUGCUGUACUUCAUCUCUUUCCUCCUCAUCGUCAGCUUCUUCGUGCUGAACAUGUUCGUAGGCGUGGUGGUGGAGAACUUCCACAAGUGUCGGCAACACCAGGAGGUGGAGGAGGCCAAGAGGAGAGAGGAGAAAAGACUCCGCCGCAUGGAGAAGAAGAGACGGAAAGCCCAAAAGUUGCCAUAUUAUGCCAGCUACAGCCACGCCCGCCUGAUGAUCCACACACUGUGCACCAGUCACUACCUGGACCUCUUCAUCACCUUCAUCAUCUGUGUUAAUGUGGUGACCAUGUCUCUGGAGCAUUACAACCAGCCUCAUUCCCUGGAGAUCACACUGAAGUACUGUAAUUAUUUCUUCACCAGCACCUUUGUGCUCGAGGCCGUCCUGAAGCUCAUUGCAUUCGGCUUCCGCCGCUUCUUCAAAGACAGGUGGAAUCAGCUGGACCUGGCCAUCGUGCUGCUGUCAGUGAUGGGCAUCACUCUGGAGGAGAUUGAAAUCAGCGCUGCUUUACCCAUAAACCCCACCAUCAUCCGCAUCAUGAGGGUGCUGCGCAUCGCCCGCGUGCUGAAGCUGUUGAAGAUGGCCACUGGGAUGCGAGCUUUGCUGGACACUGUGGUUCAGGCACUGCCUCAGGUGGGGAACUUGGGCCUCCUCUUUAUGUUACUCUUCUUCAUCUAUGCUGCACUGGGAGUGGAGCUGUUUGGGGAACUGGUUUGUAAUGAAGAUUAUCCGUGUGAGGGCAUGAGCCGGCACGCUACUUUCGAGAACUUCGGCAUGGCCUUCCUCACUCUCUUCCAGGUGUCCACCGGAGACAACUGGAACGGCAUUAUGAAGGACACCCUACGUGAGUGCCCUCCGGGUGAAUAUAACUGCAAUCCCAGCCUGCAGUUUAUCUCGCCACUCUACUUCGUAAGCUUCGUCCUGACGGCCCAGUUCGUCCUGAUCAACGUGGUGGUGGCCGUUCUGAUGAAGCACUUGGAUGACUCCAACAAAGAGGCACAAGAGGAGGCGGAGAUGGAUGCUGAGAUUGAGCUGGAGUUGGCACAGGGCACACUCUGUUGCAUGGGUGGUGUUAGUGGAGGUGGAGGAGGUGGAAGAGCAGGAGGUGGAGGAGAAAAAGGAGAAAAGCAAGGAAGGACUGUCGGUUCCGGAGCUCAGCCCCUUUCCCCAAACCCACAGCCGAGACAGGAGGCCAAUGGCUCCCGAAAAUUAUACUCCCCCGCCCAGGAGAACCUGUGGCUGGACAGCGUCUCUCUGCUCAUCAAAGACUCUUUUGAGGGGGAGAUGCUGUUGAUUGACAACCUGUCGGGCUCCGUCUUUCACCACUACUCCUCCCCUCCGGUGUGCAAAGACUGCAAGAGUCAUCCUCAAGAGCAGAUCCAUAUGGCUGAGCUGGAGCAGGCGUCCCUGAGAUCUGAGCAACUCUCAGACAAAUCCUCCUCUCCAGCACUGCCUGAUGACCUCAGCUUGGACGAACACAGCAUGUACCAGCUGACCAAGGAGGAGCGUGGCAGUGGGGAGGAAGCAGCAGGAGGUGGGAAGGAAUUGAUGCGACGGCCGUCUCGAGUCCACAGCACCGGUGCUGAGGAGGGGGCUCAAAGACAACUCCAGCACCCUCAUACACCAGCCCGCCAUAGUAUUGGUGGUGCUCUUUGUAGCAGCAGUAGCAGAGGAGAUAGAGGCAUUCCUGGGAGUGCGAGUGACUCCUCCACUCCUUUCCAUCUCCCUGCAGAGUUCUUCCAUCCAGCAGCAGCGGCCCUUCCGGCACCCCCCAGGAGCCACAAGUCCCGAGGCCUCAGAAUGACCUCUCCAGCAUCCUGGGCCUCCUUGCGUUCCCCUGGAGGCUGCAAACUGCUCACCACGCAGUAUGCGUCUCACAGUGACUCAUCCCUGGCCACGGGGAGCUCAGAGGGAAGCCUGCAGACCACCAUGGAGGAAGGGCUAAGCUUCAGCAUCUCUUCUCCAAAGGAACCUGAUUUCCCCUUGCCUCUGCUGGAGCCACUGCCCAACAGGAGCACCAGUGGCAUUUCCACAGAGACCCUGAGGCCGGACGGGUCUGCUGCGUCAUCCCUACAGGUCAACAGGGGGCACCAGCGCAGCCAAAGCAGCAGUAGCCCUGGAGAAACCUGGCAGGGCUCCAGCCAGGCCUGCACCAGCGAACAGUUUUCAGAGACAAUGAGCAGCCUGUCUUUGACUUCACUGCUUUUGCCUAGCUCUCUAGCGCCCCCUUUGGUGAAGAAGUGCAACAGCACGGGAGAUUUGGAGCAGGGUGCCAAUUCAGCCCGGGGAAAGGAACCUAGGCAACUGUUUGUGAUGGACCCCCAGGGCCACCUCGCCACCCCAUGGGUGGAGGGGAGGAAAGGGGCUAGGAAAGAACCAUCGGAAGCAUCAGAAUAUGAAGAAGAAAACACAAGUCAAGUAACAGUGGUGGGUUCCAGGAAAAACAGAUGAAAUAUUCUUUUUGUUGUUGUUGUUUCACUCCAAGGUCCACCACUCUACCUCUCCGUGUUUUUUUUUUCCUCUUCUUUUUUUUGACACGGAGACAUUCAACGUGAUAUUUCGUACUCAACCCUGAAAAACCAAACCUGGUCUCGCUCUAUUCUCUCUUUUCAUUUGUGGCCUGUUCCCAUUUUGUAUUCAUUCAUGGGAGUGGUUCCCACCUGUGGUUGAGAGCAUUGUGGAUGAGGAAGUUCAGGGGAAGGGUGACAUCCUUCCAACGGGAACAAAGCUGUAAGGAGACAAAAGUCUUCACAAAGCUGCCAAUGGAUCCCGAUGGCUGAGUCAAAUCAGGGAGUCUGAAUGCAAGCGCAUGAAGCGCGGCAGUCGCUGUUGGAGUUUUCUGUUCACGUUUUGGUGGAUUCAAUAAAAAUUAAAAAAUUAAGGACGUAGCUGACAUUCAAAGACCGACAAAGGGACUGCAGUUAAGAACUUUUUUGCUUCUUGUAGAAAGGGCAUGCACAUGCAAUUAGGAAUAAAAGCAUCUUGCGGUGGAAGGUUGUAGAAUCCAAACUAUAUUCAGCAACAUCGUGCACAUGAAGUAAACUGUAGAACGUUAUUGUGUGCUUGCAUGCGUCCGUGUGUGUCCAUGUCUGUGUGUGUAUGUGUGCUAGAAGGAAAGGAAGUGCACUGCUUUGAGCCUCCCGACACAUUUGCUGGCUUUUGAAGUUCAGUUUCGUCAAGUGAAAGAGAAGGGUCGAGAUGGCUGAUUCACUCCCAGUUGGAGACCACCCGCCAAGGUCAAACACUGCUGAGUGGAGCUGGAGUAGCGAGAGGAUCUGGUCUCGGCGAAAGGAGCAAAACGAGACGAGUCUUUGCCCAAGGACGACUCCUGCCUCAGAAAAAGAAAAUGCCAGGUGCAAAAAAAAAAAAAAACCUCCCACAAUCUUCUGCAUGAAAGCAUCUUUCUGCAGACGA